CUUUAAUGUAACGUAAAAACAGGCUUUAAUUCCUGCACAGAUCAUCCAACAAGGAUGUGAAUACCCCCACGUUGGAGCUGACAGUCUACACUUUAACCUCAUUGUUUAUUUUAAACGUUUAAUUUGAAAUCCAAUAUGUUGGAGCACAUAGCCAAAACAACCGUGUCGCAGUCCAAAUACUUACGGACUGCAAGGUGUAUAAAACACGCUGUAAUAUACAAAGGAUGGAGAAAAAAAAAACCUGUGACCUGUAUGACACGCAAUGAUCCAUGAAUAAGAAAAAAUAAUGGUCCUCCCACAAAAAGGGCCGCCACCCCUAAUCAGACCACUGUGGAGCCGGGAGUGCAUGGAAUCGUCUGAAUCACCACCCCCCAAACGUUGCUCCAGCACCUGCUGCUGCCCGCUCCUUACCAGGAAGUACAGAACGACUUCCCCGCUCUCCGAUCGUAGCUUACGCGAUUCACACACCUACGUCUUAUUACUUAGUUGCAGUACAGUAUGCCGAAAUCUGUUAGAGAUCGCAUUAUUGCCGUGCUGGACAAUCUUUCCAAGCAACAGUUACUUCGAUUUAAGCAUAAACUGAGUGAACUGAAGAUCGUCGGCUUUGGUCUAAUCGAAAAGGAGAUAGCCGUGCAGAUCACGCAAAGGUUAGUUAGCAAGUUCACGGAAGCCCGUGCCAUCGCUCGCACCGCAGAGGUCCUAAGAGCGAUUGAUCUACAGGACGAAGCGGACAGUUUAGAACAAGGUGAAAAUGACCGUGAAGGGGCCAAUGUCGCGACAGGAGCGGGAGCAGCAAGCCCGACUGCGGCGGGGGAAAACGGCGGAAGCGCCACGAGCUGCAGCCCCAAACCGACGGAGGGCCAGCAUUUCGUGGACAAGAACCAUGUGGGACUGAUAACGAGAAUCACAGAGGUGAAACCCAUACUGGAUCGCCUCUAUGAAAAGAAACUAAUCAGCAUUGAAAUGUUCGGCCGGAUUACGGCUGAGAAAACGAACGAAGACCGAAUGAGGAAGCUUUUGUACGACGUCAUUCUCCCGCAAGGAGAGGGGGCGAAAGAUGAGCUGGUUGCGAUUUUGGAUGAGCAACAGCCGUACAUCAUGGGCACGCUGAGAGGGAAGUGAACCCUCUUCGGGGUCGCGGUAAAUUGUGAUUGUUUUCUUUACUCCGAUCCACAGUCUGCUUUAAAUGUGAAUUACUGGGUUUUAGAAGGCAUGCUGACAGCUGUUGAUGUCUCCAAAUUCAACUUGUCAAAUUUUAAAAGUAAAAAAUUCAAAGAAAAAAAAUGGUCCCCUUGUUGUCAUGGACACAGUUAUUUAAAUUGUUAACGGUCAUUUUGUUUGACUCUGAGGUCUGUCAGUAACGUUCUCAGGGUUCGGUUCUGUCUGCUCUGGUAUAUUUGGGCUUUACCCAAACGGUGAUGCAUCCAUAGCAAAUGUUCACUUUAUGGACAGAUCCUCGAUAAUGUAGCCUAUAGUUGCUACACCCAAAUACAGCUGUAUCAAGAGCAUAUUAAACAAAAACUACUAUUCAGUUAGCCACACCAUUUCAACAUCUGGCAGCUCAUGCUUACUGUCUCUCUGCUCAGAAAGUGAUUCGCUGAACAUUUUUGCCUACUCUUUUCUGUACUCAAAACAUUAUUUUUUUAAAUUUGAUUAAAAAGAUUGACAAAACAA